CGUCGUCGUCGCGAUCUGCGACGACGCGGAGUUUUAUUUCUAUCCAAAAUGGUACAACGAAUGUCACGUGCAGCUUCAUACGGUCAUCCUUCCAGCAGUUGUAGGUGAAGUCGAGGAUACUGGCAAGAGUUUUCGUUUCGUUCGUGAAUGGAAUAUCCUCGCACGAGGCAUCAUUUUCAAAUCAUCUGAUCACCAGCGCUUCCCGCGCGACCGUAUCGAAAUAAUAAAUAUCGAGAAUUCGAGAGUCGCCGCGGCGGGCACCAGAGUGCGUAGCCCCGUGUUGUCACCGCCGGUGUGCGCCGGUGUCACCGUCGCCGGUCUGUAGAAACGUCAAUGGCGCGAUCCGCGGGAGUUAAUCUAACCUCGAAAGGUUCUGCCAGGCCUACUACGCCUCUCGCGUAAAUGCCAUUGUAAAAGGAGAUAAGCACCGCUUUCAGACUGUCGACGACGCAGCAUGACCGUCUGGGAGAGGCUGCGUAAUCCAUGCGGCUGGCGCGCGGGCACCAAGCAGAUCUCCGUGGACGCGAUGCUACCGUUGCUGAUGGUGCCGAUCCUAGCGGUGAUCGCCGCCCAGGCCUUCCUCUGCACGGUCGUCGUGUUCCUGGUUACGCCGGUCCUCGUCUACUACCUGCACCACAACUUCCUCAGAUUUCUCCUGCGCACCAAGUUCUUCCUCAUGUGGACCAUCACCAGCGUGCUGAUGAUGAUGCUGGUGUUCGAGAUUAGCGUCGUGCCGCUGCUGGAGAUCCUGCCCGAGGAGAACUUUGUAUUCAUGGUGUUCGUGGUCGGUGGCAUGUGGUGUGGCUACAAGACCAAGCUGAACGCGGAUGCCUCGAUACAGGAGAACGCUGCUGGUGCCGUCGAAACGCAGAGCCUGGAACUGGGUGACGGCAGCGGCGAGCUCUGUGUCACGUGCAGGAGGAGGACACCACCCAAGGCUCAUCACUGCCGUUUGUGCCAAACUUGUGUACUUAACAGGGAAUAUCAUUGCAAAUGGCUGGAUUGCUGUGUAGGUUCUAGUAAUUUAAGAUGGUACGUCAGUUGUUUAUUCUUCUCCGCAGUUGCUUUUAUAUAUGGUUCCAACUUGACUAUGACUAGUGUCUGCCAUCCAUUCAUACUCAUCGGAACUGUACUCUUACCUGAUGACUGCAGUGACGUGUAUCAUCAAUUGGACAUCGCACUUUGCUUCGUCUCUGCUUUGUACAGCUUCUUCGUGGGACUAGUGCUCUUUUGUUAUCUUAUAUAUCACUUACGAUUGCUCUACAUCGGCACGACAUCAAACGAGCGACGAUUGGAUAUGAAAAAUCAGUACGAUUAUAGGAUGUUAAAUGUAUCUCAGCUGUUCUGCUAUAAAACUUAGGAUUGUUAUUUGUAAAGAUGUGCGAAUAAUUUGAAUCAAAACGAAUCAUAGUGGAUUCUCUCUCUUGAUUUGAUUUGUUUUCGAAUCUAAGCGAUUCAAAAUCGAUACUUUGUACAAAAAAUAUAAUAAAAUCAAAUUCGACAAACCAGAGAAAUAGGUAAGACUAAAAUAUUUGUCAUAGCGCUAAGUAUAAGGGGCUACGCAGAAUAAAAG